AUGAUAUCGACACGGAUCUUCUCUCCUUCCCUUCUUCCGCCAUUACUCCUACAAGUUCGUGCCCUUGUGUUUCCGGACAAUACCAUCGGCCCCCCUCCACCUCCACCGCCAAGUCCUGAAGAAGCACGACUUAUCAGGUCAAAAGCAGCCUCAGAUCUUCUGUCACUCUUCCCUAAUGCCCUAGGCAGGAAGUUUUUCGCCGUGGUAAGCAGCAGCAAUAAGACCGACAGUGGUGAUGGUGGCGGCGUUGGUGUCACAGCAGAGGACGAGGAAAUGCGUCUCGAAGUCGAGGAGAGGGUUCUAGGCUGGACAGACAAUGCCGAGAUGAACAAAUACCUUGUCUAUGCCAUUCUGGAGUAUGUCGUGGUUCGAUUGAUUCCGGAGAUGGUUGACCAGACACCCAGUGAGCUGUUGGCUGAGAGAGGGGUCUCACUGACUGACGGUGACAUCUCUGAUAUAAUCGAGGUACAGCUGAAUGGAGCCGAAAAGCGAAGCUCAGCAUAG